AUGUCGGAGGUGAGAGCUUUCGCCCUGAGUCACAUCAAGACGGAGAAGGGACAAAUCAACAAAAGGGCAGCUGAAAGCCGAGAAGAUGGGAGACCUGGUCGGAGUUUUGGAGACCUGGUCGGCAUUCUAGAGACCUGGUCGGAGUUUUGGAGACCUGAUCGGCAUUCUAGAAACCUGGUCAGCAUUCUGGAGACCUGGCCGGUGUUUUGGAGACCUGGUCGACAUUCUGGAGACCUAGUCGGCGUUUUGGAGACCUGGUCGGCGUUCUAUAGACAUGGUCGGUAUUCUGGAGACCUGGUCGGUGUUUUGGAGACCUGGUCAACAUUCUGUAGACCUGGUCGGCAUUUUGGAGACCUGGUUGGCAUUUUGGAGACCUGUUCGGCAUUUUGGAGAUUUGGUUGGCGUUUUGGAGACCUGGUCGGCAUUCUGGAGACCUGGUUGGCAUUCUGGAGACCUGGUCGGCAUUUUGGAGACCUAGUGUUAUAUACCCAAAAAAAAAAGUUUUAA